AUGACUGUUCUACGAGCUGCCCACCGGGCCUGUAGCCUGCGCAAGCCUCUGGCAACCUCUGUCCGCGGCUAUGCUACCUCGCCAGCUCAACCUGCAACCUCUCCUUUUGCUCCCCGCCAUCUUAUGUCCAUUUCCGACCUGACUUCGGCUGAAUUGAGCACUCUUGUCCGCAAUGCAGCCUCUCAUAAGACGGCUGUCAAAUCUGGCCAGAUUCCCGCAUCACUCCAAGGCUCUCUGUUCGGCAAGUGUGUUGCCAUGACCUUCAGCAAGCGUUCAACUCGCACUCGUGUAUCUACUGAAGGCGCAGUUGCACUUAUGGGCGGUCAUCCCAUGUUCUUGGGCAAGGAAGACAUUCAACUUGGUGUCAAUGAGUCUUUGUACGAUACCUCCGUCGUCAUCUCAUCCAUGGUUUCUUGCAUUGUCGCUCGUGUCAAUGGUCACGACGAUGUUGCCAACUUGGCUAAGCACUCAUCCGUUCCUGUCAUCAAUGCUCUGAGUGACUUGUAUCACCCUUUGCAGACCAUUGCCGACUUCCUGACCAUUCACGAAGCUUUCCCUUCAUCUCAGUCCGCCAAUGUGCAAGGGUUGGGUCUCGAGGGCUUGAAGAUCGCAUGGAUUGGUGACGCAAAUAACGUGCUUUUCGAUCUGGCCAUUGGUGCUAUGAAGUUGGGUGUUGACAUUUCGGUCGCUACUCCCAAGGGAUAUGAAAUUCCCGCUUCUAUGCGUCAAAUCAUCCAAGAUGCUGCAAAGACCUCCCCCAAAGCUGGCACACUCAUCGAGACGACUGUUCCGGAGGAGGCCGUCAAGAACGCAGACAUUCUUGUUACGGACACCUGGAUCUCCAUGGGACAAGAAGCAGAGAAGAUUGCUCGUCUGAAGGCCUUUGAGGGUUUCCAGAUCACACCAGAACUGGCCAAGCGCGGAGGUGCUAAGGAGGGCUGGCAAUUCAUGCACUGCCUGCCCCGACACCCAGAGGAGGUCAGCGAUGAAGUUUUCUACAGCCCCAAGAGCUUGGUCUUCCAGGAAGCUGAGAACCGUCUCUGGGCCGCUAUCUGUGAGUCACAACAACUUCUGGAGUUUUGA